GGAGGUAAAUCAGGGAUCUGUGUGAAGUCAGGGCAGUCAGACAGUCUUCUUCUCUGUCUCAGUGCUGCUCAGGCCAUCUCUUUCUAGACUACUCCUACUUUUUGGAUUGGAUUGUUGUAGGACUGAGUGUUUGGGAAAGAGCCUGUAUUUGGAUAGGGCCGGGGAAGGGUGUGUUGGACUGGGAGCUUGUACUAACUAGUAUUUGGACUACCGAGUCGUGUCGUAUGGAGGUACAGGUUCAGAGUCAGCCACAGCCCACCACCAUCCUGGAGAAUGGGAAGGCCCAGGACCCUGAACCACACCCUGCGGAGUUCAACGGUUAUCGUCAUGCCAACGGUGGGGAGGCAGAGCUGCCCGUCUCCAAGUCUCAGAGGAGACGCAGCGAUGUCAAAGUCUACAAGGAGUUCUGUGACUUCUACGCACGCUUCAACAUGGCCAGUGCCCUGGCCAAUGCGAUGUGUGAGCGCUGUAAGAGUGGCUUUGCCCCGGCGGAGAAGAUCGUCAACAGUAACGGGGAGCUGUACCAUGAGGGAUGCUUCGUCUGUGCUCAGUGCUUCCAACAAUUCCCUGAGGGUCUCUUCUAUGAGUUUGAGGGCAGGAAGUACUGCGAGCACGACUUCCAGAUGCUGUUUGCUCCCUGCUGCCACCAGUGUGGGGAGUUUAUCAUUGGUCGUGUGAUCAAGGCGAUGAACAACAGCUGGCACCCUGACUGUUUCUGCUGUGACCUCUGCCAGGCCGUGCUGGCUGACGUGGGCUUCGUCAAGAACGCCGGCAGACACCUGUGUCGCCCAUGUCAUAACCGUGAGAAAGCUCGUGGUCUGGGGAAGUACAUCUGUCAGAAGUGCCACGCCAUCAUCGAGGAGCAGCCGCUGCUGUUCAAGAAUGACCCCUACCACCCGGACCACUUCAACUGCAACAACUGCGGUAAGGAACUGACGGCUGAUGCCAGGGAGCUGAAGGGAGAGCUGUACUGCCUGCCCUGCCAUGACAAGAUGGGCGUUCCCAUCUGUGGAGCCUGCAGGAGACCCAUCGAGGGCCGCGUGGUCAAUGCCAUGGGCAAGCAGUGGCACGUCGAGCAUUUUGUGUGUGCUAAGUGUGAGAAGCCCUUCCUGGGCCAUCGCCACUACGAACGCAAAGGACUGGCCUACUGUGAGACUCACUACAACCAGCUCUUUGGAGAUGUCUGCUACCACUGCAACCGUGUCAUUGAGGGUGAUGUGGUUUCAGCCCUGAACAAGGCAUGGUGUGUCAACUGCUUUGCCUGUUCCACCUGCAACACCAAGCUCACCCUCAAGAACAAGUUUGUGGAGUUUGACAUGAAGCCGGUGUGUAAGAAGUGUUACGAGAAGUUUCCUCUGGAGCUCAAGAAGAGGCUGAAGAAGCUGGCAGAGACCGUGGGCCGGAAGUAGAGAGACAGACAUGCUAGAAACAGACAAAAGUCAUAUCAGAGUGUUUGAGCAAGCACAUGACCUUUGUUCUUGGUGUAAAUUUAGGGGUUAAAACCACUCUACCCAACCCCUCAUAGGUUGAUGAAAAUCAGAUUUGCAAUAUUAUUCCGUUCAUUCAUGCCUGGUUAAAUAGUGACAACCCAUGAGCAGAGAGAGAGACUGUACACAAGAAAGGGUCAUCCCCAAAUCAGUGCCUUUGUCUGAAUACAUAUUCAUAUUAUAUUCAUAUAUAUCCUUGAUAUACUUAUCUCAUAUAUUUCAUAAUUCUUUUAGCUUAAAAUUUCCCUUCAUAACCCAACUUGUAUAUUUACGUAUGCAUCAAUGGUCCUGGUAUUUUGUCAGGUGAAUAAAAAGUAUUGGUAAGGUUGUUUCUGCUUUAGCCAACUACUUUAUCAUUGUCAUGCCAUACAAGAAAAAACAGACAGACACCUGGGCUAUGUUACUGUUGCUACACAUAAUCACAUUACUGUGCAGCAGAACUGGAUCCAAUAUAAAUAUAUAUAUACAGUAACAGUCAAAAGUUUGGACACACCUUUCAUUCAAGGAUUUUUCUUUAUUUGUAC